UUCCUCAGUGUUAGGUGGAGUGUAACGGGUGUGCAUUUUUCUGGUGAUGUACAGUGCGUUUUGGCAUCGACUGAAAAUGGUUUCACUAGAACUAUGGAUGAGAUUAAUGGAAAAUUAUUGGCCGAACUUAUCGUUAGUGCUUUAAGAAUUGUUUCUGAAUGUUAUACGGGUCAUAUGAAUUCAGAGUAUCGUAUCGAGAGUUGUUCAUUGGCAAGUGAUGUGAGUGGUUCUGAGGAUGGAGGUGCAUGUGUUCGUGUCAAUGCUGAUAAGCACUCGCAUUGA